AUGUCCGAUGCGCAGUUCCAAUUGGCCGCGGCAUCAAGGUUUCCCAUGGAUACCGAGUUCGCGGCCCCUCGUCGUCAUGUCUUUUCUCCAAUUUCCCCCUCCUCAUCAUCACCAGUUCCCAGCACAGACAACGCUACCAUGACUGAUAUCCCUAACCAGAUGAAGGCGCUUGUCGCCAACCAGGGCAUCUUCACCCGCGUGCUCAACAUCGCCCGCAAGACCACUUCCGCCAAUGCCGCGGUGCUCCAGACCGUCCCGGUGCCGCAAAUUGACAGUGACCAGGUUCUUGUCAAGGUCACCGCUGUGGCCAUCAACCCGACCGAUUGGAAGCAUGCCGACAUGUUGUCGCCCAAGGGCUCUGUCCUCGGCUGCGAUUUUGCUGGUGUUGUUGCUAAGGUUGGCCAAAAUGCUUCCACCGCUUGGAAGGAGGGCGAUCGCAUUGCCUCCUCCGUCCAUGGUGGCCUCUACCCCGACCGCGGCUCUUUCGCAGAGUACCUCAAGGUCGACAGCGAUCUCGCCUGGAAGAUCCCCGAAGGCGUUACGGAUGAGGCGGCUGCGUCUAUUGGUAUUUCGGCCGGCACAUCCAUGUUGAGCUUGAACCAGGAGCUUGACGUGCCCUGGCUAUGUGGCGAGCCGGGUGGCCGAACUGAUACCCCGGUUCUAAUUUAUGCCGCCUCGACAAGCACAGGCUUGCUUGCUAUUCAGUUCUCCAAGCUUGCUGGUGUCAAGGUCGUUGCCACAUGCUCCCCGCACUCAUUCGAUCUUGUCAAGAAGUACGGUGCUGACGACGUUUUCGACUACAAGUCUCCCAACGCCAUUGACGCCAUUAAGAAGGCUCACCCCAACAUUGACCGUGCUCUUGACUGCUUUUCCGAGGGCUCAUCCUCUGAUUUCUGCGCCAAGACCCUCGGCCCAUCUGGUGGAAAGGUUGUUACUCUCUUGCCCAACACCAAGACUUCCGUUCCCAACGCCACCAUUGUACCCAUUCUGAUGUACACGAUUUUGGGCAAGCCGUUCCAGAUCCUUGCCCCCCUUGGACCCAAAUUCCCGGCAAUUCCCGAAAACAGAGCUGCCGCGGUUCGCUUCUAUGCCGGCAUGUCCGACUUCUCUUCCAAGCUGCAAGCACCUCCCCUGGAGGAGGUUAGCGGCGGACUCGAGGGCUUGAACGCUGGUAUGGAUUGGCUUCGAAAGGGCAAGGUUUCCGGAAAGAAGAUUGUGGCCAAGAUUGGUUCCAAGGAGUAA